AUGUUAACUUCGGCUCAUUCGGCACUUUUAAAUAUAGAUUUACUAUACAUAAUAUUUUCAAAUUUUGAAUAUCAGGAUGAUUUAUUUAAUGGUUUGCUUGUACAUUCUUAUUGGGCUUUGGCUAUCAUUGACAAAUUAUGGAAGAAACCGACUUGGAAAUCUUAUAAUGUCUUCCAAAAGUUUAUAAGAACACUUCGGAAUUCUUCCACAACUUCAUUUAAUUAUG